AGUCACGAGACUAUCCAUGUAUAUAUGACAUCUGAGAAAGCGUUGCUCAGUUCAAACACUGAUGAGGUACCACAAGCACGAGCAGAAUUUCCGGAGACGCACAGUUUCCAACCAUAGACGGAUUGCUAAAAACAAAACCUAGUUAAUUGGAAUUCACAUAGGUCAGUAAACGAAGGCACGGGGACAUUUCUUCAGCUGGGGUGGAAGAGCGACGGCUAAAGACGGCUGUCUAGAAGGAACCACAGAGAAAAACAACCAUGACGGAAUACUACCAGAUUUUAGGGGUCCAGAGAAACGCUUCGGCGGAGGACAUUAAAAAAGCGUACAGAAAGCUAGCACUAAAGUGGCAUCCAGACAAGAACCCAGACAACAAGGAAGACGCGGAGAGGAAGUUCAAAGAGCUUUCAGAAGCCUAUGAGGUCCUGUCAGACGCAAACAAGAAGAACCAGUAUGACCGAUAUGGUAAAGAAGGCCUGGCUGGAAACGGAGGCAGAGGAGGGCAUUAUCACAACGGUGAUCACUUCAGUGGCGGGUUCACAUUCCGUAAUCCCGAGGAUGUCUUCAGGGAAUUCUUCGGAGGUCGAGAUCCAUUUGCCGAUUUCUUCGAUGACGACUUCUUCGGUGGGGGACACAGGCAGCGGAUGGUGAACCAAAGCAGGACCGGAGGAUCCUUCUUCCACGGGUUUGGUGGCUUCCCCCCCUUCGGGGCGGGCUUCACAGGGUUUGGUUCAGGUUUCACCUCCCUGGGACAUAUGGGUGGAGGGGGCUUCGCCUCGUUUUCCUCUUCAUCUUUCGGGGGUGGAGGUGGAGGAGGAAUGUGCUCCCGCUCGGUGUCUACCUCCACCAAGUUCAUUAACGGCAGACAAAUCACCACAAAACGGAUUGUGGAGAACGGCCAGGAGAGGGUGGAGGUGGAGGAAGACGGUCAGUUAAAGUCUCUAACCGUCAACGGUAAGGAGCAGCUCCUAAGACUGGAUAACAAGUGAUGACCUCUGCACAACGUUUGAAAUACUCACACCUGACCUGGAAACAAACUAAACUAACUCAGCGUGACGAUGCUGCUCAGGGUCGCGACCUUAUGGCGGUUGGUUUCUCUCCUCUCCCCUGUUGACAUUCGUAGUUAACAUUCCUCAUGGCGAGGAAAUGUGUUCUCAACUGAGUUUAGCCGCAGGAGUGAGGGACGUUCAAAUACGGUUGUAUUUAUUCCCGUUUCACCUUCUUUUGUUUUGGGACCAUUCUCUUACUAGGACCGCUGUUUAUUACUGAUUUGUACUAUUCAUUUAUUUUUCUGUAUUGCAGUUUUUCCAUGUGUGGACUUCUUGACCUUUUAGUUCUAGAAGCCAAGGGCACAAGCUGUACAUUUCAUCAAAGCAUGGGACUGCUUUUCUUUUGAACUAUCUCAGCUUUAACUGUUUGUUUUUCCCCAACUCAAACCACACAUCUAACAUUUUUUUAAACCAUUUUCGUACUCCUACGUUUCAGAUGAACACUUUUAAAGGAUUAAUGCAUUGAUAUAGUGUUCAUGUGCACUUUGUUUUUGCUUUCUGUUUGUUUGCUUGUUUUGCAAUAUGAGUGUUUCUUUCAUCUCUGCAUGAUUGCCAAUGACAAGGCUGUUCAUGUUCCUGACUGUAACUGUUUCAUCAACUCAUCUUAAACCAUAAACAGAGACUAUAUAGUGUACCGGUCAAAAGUUUGGAGACCUACUCAUUCAAGGGUUUUUCGAUAUUCUUUACUAUGUUCUACAUUGUAGAAUAUCAGUGAAGAUGUCAAAACUAUGAAAUAACACGUAUGGAAUCAUGUAGUAACCAAAAAAGUGUUAAAUAAAUCAAAAUAUAAUUUGUAUUUGAGAUUGUCAAGGCAAAGUAGACACCCUUUGCCUUGACAGCUUUGCAUACUCUUGACAUUCUCUCAACCAGACUGCUUUAACAGUCUUGAAGUAGUUUCCACAUAUGCUGAGCACUUGUUUGCUGCUUUUCCUUCACUUUGCGGUCCAACUCAUCCCAAACCAUCUCAAUUGGGUUGAGGUCGGGUGAUUAUGUUGUGUCCAAACUUUUGACUGGUACUGUGUAUAUCUAUCUCUAUACAGGGGAUUUUGUGUACUUUGUAAAAAAAUAAAAAAAAUAAAAUAAAAAAGAUACAUUGGUCAAUAAAUCUCAGCUUGAACCCUUAUAUAGGGGCUGUUGCAUUCACAAUGAGUGUGUGUGUGUGAUUCUGUUUUGCUUGAGUGACACCCACACACUCCCCUCAAUGUGUGUGCUUACUUGAUGACCCCUGCUUCACACAAACAGAAAAGGAAACCACGCUCACUGUUUUUCAAUAAAACUCACUCAUCACACUCGCGUGUUCAUUUUAACCUACUAAAAAUCGUUUUACUGCUAAGCUAAUUGAUUACACCUGCAUUUUUAUAGUGGUGCAUCGUAUCAAAUUCAUUCAGUGAUAGCUGUCACGUCAUGGACUAUCAGUAUAGAAUAAUUAGCUAGCGUCAACAUAAGAUACACUAUGGCAGUAUUAGAUGCCUUUGGUCAAGAAUGUCCAGCUCAACAAAAGGUACGUAUUCCUACACUCACACACCCCCUCUUGAAUCCAUUAAGCUGUGUCCCAUGUCCUCCCUUGCCCUCCUAGUAUCAGUGAAUGUGAUGCGUUUGCUUAGAGAAUGGGAGUUAUACACAUUCUCACCUCAGCGUUUUCCCCAGCCGGCACAGCACAGUGGUUGCGUCCCAAUUGCACCCUAUUCCCUAUAUAGUGCCCUAAAUAGGAAACGGUGCUAUUUGGGAUGCAGACGGUGUCUGUUUUGUCCUUCAUCUAGCAACAUGUAAUCUGUUUAUCAGAUGUGAUUACCAGGUUUUUUUUUUUAUAAACCACUAGAUUUAAAACAAAUCAGCACUGCUUCGAUGUUCAAUGCAAUGUCUUAUUAUGGAGACUGGGCUGCUUCUUCAAAUGGUACCCUGUUACCUACACAGUGCACUACUUUAGACCAGAGCCUUAUGGGCCCUGGUCAAAAGUAGUGCACUAUAUUGGGAAUAGGGUGCCAUUUGAGAUGUAGCCCAGCUUGUAUUGUCCCUCAGCACUGGCCGGUUUUGUUCAGAUGCUGUCCAGCCGUGCCACUGUCUGACACUGGCAGUGGGUACAGGUGGUGGCAGACUGGCAGCAGUUGGCACAAGGUGUUACAGCUGUUUCUGAUGCCCUGGCCUGCGGUAGAAGGGAAGUGUGUGUUUUUGAGGGUGUGUAUUUGGGUGUGUGCGUGUAAAACAGAUUAGUCGUGCACAGCAGUUCUGAGGAAUGUGCUAAAAGGGGGUCCGUUUAUUUACACAAGCUUCAGUGCAUUUUUGUGAGAGGCGUUACACGAGGGGAGAAAGCUGUCACUGUGGAGCAACGAGAGCAGAGAGAACAGGCCUCUCGACGCAGUUUACUGUCCCAUUUUUGUUUUGUGUAAGAACCACCAUCCUCUCAUGGGAAACUUCUAAAAUAAAGAUGCAACACACACAGGCACAUUGUAAUAGACCCUUAGCUGACCGUCCUUGGGUUGAAUGCAUACUAUCGCAAAAUAUUUUGCCUAGGAAAACGAUAAGCAUUUCUUACUGGAUAAGCUCAGGUAGUCCCUCCCUGUUUGUCCGUUUUCUUCUGUUUGGUGUCUAGUCAAUACGAUCCUGUAUUUCACAAUGUUGGCUUACAGCUCUAUUUGUCCUUCAAAUCCCUUCAGCUGUGGCAGCCAUUUUUCCAUCACUCUGCUGCUCUGUUGGUUUUAAUUCUCACCUGAAGGUUGAUUGAAGAUGUGGCUGCGUUGCUAGGUGACAUUGUGGCCCUGUCCUUGUGGCUGCCUGGCUCAGGUUACCUGUGUAUGUGUGUGUGUGUGUGGGGGGGAGAUGUGCUGAUGAGUGGAAGAGAUUAUUCUACCCUCCACUGUGGUAGAGCUGACAUUUGUAAGGAGAGUCAAGGUCCCUGGAUAAAUACCGGGACUAGCACUGCUGUUAAAAAAUGUAACAAUUCUUGUUAAGGCCUUGCAUUCAAUUGAAUUACAACACACUUUGCCCUCGGUGGGAGACAAAUAUAUUUUAAGGUCAGAAAAGCAGCUUGAAUUAGUCUUCCCAUUUGCUUUUUAGUAACUUUUUGAGUCAGGGGCAAGAUUACGACUUUGAUUAUGAAAACAUAAUUAAAAUGAAUGUAGGGCUUGAAUAUAUUGAUUUCCUUCAAUUGUAAUGAAAUGACGGUAGGAAGUAUUUUUCCACGGUGCAAUAGCUCCUCCUGCUGACUGAAAACUGUCAUUGCAUUUCUUUGUUAAAACGCAAUAGAACGCAACGGUAUUUUGUAAUGAUUAAAUAAUUGAAUCUGCAUUUAUUACAAACGAGUUAGGUGUUGUACACAACAAAUGUUGAAAUGUAGGCCUGAAGACAACCCGGGAGACAGUGUAGUUCUUCCUCUCUCCCUGUGUUGUAGAGCAUGUUCCUGGCACUAGGUUGCACUGUUUCUACAUUAACAGGAGAGGAUGACAUCACCCUAUUCUAUUCUACAAGUAACUGCCAAAAUAAUAGAAAAACUUGAGUAAAUGAGGGAUACAAAGUAUAUUGAAAGCAGGUGCUUCCACACAAGUGUGGUUCCUGAAGUAAUUAAGCAAUUAACAUCGUAUCAUGCUUAGGGUCAUGUAUAAAAAUGCUGGGCAGGCCAUUAUUUUGGCUACAAUGGCCAUGCCCCCAUAGGAUGACAGUGCCCCAUCCACAGUGCGCGAGUGGUCACUGAACGGUUUGAUAAGCAUGAAAACGAUGUUAACCAUAUGCCAUGGCUGUCUCUGUCACCAGAUCUCAACCCAAUUGAACACUAAUGGGAGAUUCUGGAGCAGUGCCUGAGACAGGGCUUUCCAUCAACACACCAAAGUUAUGGUAUUUCUUGUGGAAGAAUGGUGUCGCCUCCCUCCAACAGAGUUCCAGACACUUGUAGAAUCUAUGCCAAGGCGCAUUAAAUCUGUUCUGGCUCGUGGUGGCACAACACCCUAUUAAGACACUUUAUGUUGAUGUUUCCUUUACUUUGGCAGUUACCUGUAGCUCUACCUACAGGUUGUGAUUUUUGACAUAAAUAUUAUACUGUACCAAAACAUAACUAAGAUUCACAAGUGAAUCCUUAUUCUCAGGUAGAAAUGUUUGUGUUCGAAAACAGCUUGUAUUUGGUUAUUGUAAUGGAAAAUGCUUAGUAAAAUACAUUUGAGUUUGUUUUUGAUAUCUUUUACCAAAGUCACAUUUACACUGAAUUUUUGCGUAUGCUGCAAAACAAAAAACAUUUUGCUACACUGCAUACCUGUAACCUAAAUGUCUGACAUUGCAAAUGUAUAUAUUAUUUCCUCAUCUUUUAAGUGGAUGCGUAUACAUUAUUAAUGUGGACUCGCACAGUGGAAGAAGGUAGGUACUAGAGUGCCUGCCAAAUGACACCCAGUUUCCUAUAUUGUGUGCUACUUUUGACCAGACUCCGUAGGGCUAUGGCCAAAAGUAGUGGCCUAUAUAGGGAAUAGAGUGUUUGUCCCAAAUGGCAGAGAUGAGCUGUCUUCCCCUGUCUGUAGUUGUCAGCCACACAAAGUAAUUAAACUGUAGUUAAUCUCUUUGAUGUACUGAAAGUC